AAGUUAGGCAACUCUACAUUGUACCUUGCACCUCACAACAGUUCUACAUUAUCACCUUGUUAUUAGAAGAUGACGCAUUACGAGAUCAACCAUGCAACAGGAUCGUCUGCCUCUGUCUCCUUCUUUGGAAUUCCUUACGCUGAUUUUGAUAGAACAGGUCAUUGGGCAAUUUGGUAUGUAUCGAAAAUGUUCGAAGCAGCCCGUAUCCUUGCAUUGUAUAAUGGAUUCAUAGACUUUACGAAAAUCGAUGGUAGGGAAGCGGCUUUGGUGAUUGUCAAACAACAACUGAAACUAAUCCCGAAGCUUCAUGAAAAAGGCAUGAACGUGAAAUUUACGAUGUUGUUUGAUUUGAGGUUAGUAGAAGUCGGGAAAACGUCGGUACAGUUCGUUGUUGAGUUCAAAGAUGGCAACACUAGGGAGGUUUAUGGUGAAAAUUUGAUUAAAAUGGUCCGGAUGUCUCGCAAAACGAGACGUCCUGUCACGUUUCCGGAAUGGUUCUACGAAAAAUACGACUCAUACAGGAAUUCCUACGGAUCAACACAAGCUUUGCCCAGAGACGCUUUGCCAAAAAUUCCAGAUAACGCUUUCAAGUUCGAUUUGAUUCCGCGCCACAGUGACUCGGAUCGAAACAACCACGUGAACCAAUCGUCGUACAUUAAAUUCUGCAUGGAUGCUGCCACGCAUGCGUCUUUGAGUGGUCACUACGUGCACUUCAACGAGGACAUGUGUCUAUAUGCCCCUCUCCUGUGGACCAUCAGCUAUGUGGGUGAAAGCAGAGCAAACGACGAACUGUCCAUCUACACUUGGCAGAACGAGGCUGGAUCUCCGGAGCACAUCCAGUUCUCAAUUCUUUUGAAUGGCAGACUUAUUUUCCAUGCUUCAGCCAUUUUUGAAAAGCAGGCGAAGAAAAAAAGGCUGGUGCCUAAAUUAUAGAUUUGUUAAUUGUUUUCACAAAAUGAUUUGAUUUUUUUUAAAUGAUUGAAUUAUGUAAGUUACAUAAUGAUAAAAUGCUAAGUGAAUGGAAGAUUAUCGAAAGUUACAUUUUUUCAUUCUAUAAGUGGUAUACAUUAUAAAUACUUGACUAGAGAUACAUGAAUUAUUCUAGGAAAAUCAUGCAGUCAUACAUCGUACCACAUAUAAUUUUUUUAAGGAAUCUUUUACUAGUAUUUACAUGUAAAUGUACACGGUUAUUAAAAUAAAAAAAAUGUUGU